AUGGAGUCAGACUGUCUGAAGCGUGAUAUUCCCCCUCCGCUGGCCAUCAUUGGGCUCUCCUUCCAAUUUCCUGGAGACGCAGCCUCUCAAGACGCGUUCUGGGACAUGCUGGUUCAAGGCCGAUGUGCAUCCACUGAGUUUCCUGGUGACCGGAUGAGCAUCGAUAGUCACUACAAUGCCAACAGAGACCAGCUACACAGUAUCUCCUGCAGGGGAGGGCACUUCCUCACACGCGAUCUAGCAGCCUUUGAUGCGCCAUUCUUCAACAUGUCCGACACUGAAGCGAAAGCUAUGGAUCCACAACAACGCCUUGCUCUAGAGACUGUCUAUCGAGCUCUCGAAAAUGCUGGUCUCCCCAUGGACAUAGUGGCCGGCUCGAAGACAAGCGUGAUGGCUGGCUCUUUCUGUAACGACUAUCACAUGCUGCAAAACAAGGAUGCCCUGAAUGUGCCCAAGAAUGCCACGGCUGGUAACUCCAAAAGCAUGAUUGCGAAUCGAAUCAGCUGGUUCUUUGACUUACUAGGCCCGAGUGCGACUGUGGACACUGCCUGCUCGAGCAGUCUUAUGGCUGUAGAUUUGGCAUGCCAGUCACUCUGGAGUGGUGACGCAACUAUGGGAAUCGCCCUGGGGUGUAAUGUCAUACUAGCACCUGAAAUGACGAUUGGAUUGGACAACCUCGGACUCAUGUCUCGCGAUAGCCGCUGUUAUAGUUUCGACAGUCGAGCCAACGGAUAUGCGAGAGGUGAAGGUGUCGGUGCUGUGGUCAUUAAACGUCUUGAUGAUGCUGUUGCGGCCGGAGACACGGUUAGAGCGAUCAUUCGGUCCUCGAGCUCCAAUCAGGAUGGCAAGACUCCAGGUAUCCUGCAGCCAAGUAAGGAUGCGCAGGUACGGUUGAUUUGCGACACCUAUAAGAAGGCAGCUCUGGAUAUGGGAAUGACGAGAUACUUUGAGGCCCAUGGCACUGGGACUCCGGUUGGCGAUCCUAUCGAGACUAGGGCUAUCGGGUCAGCGUUUCAUGAUUAUCGUUCACGUGGAGAGCCUCUUUACGUUGGCUCUGUGAAAUCCAACAUUGGCCAUCUAGAAGGAGCCAGCGGUAUCGCGGGGUUGAUCAAAGCGGUUCUGAUUUUGGAAAAAGGCAUCAUUCCACCAAACAGCAGCAACCUGCAGUCACUAAACCCUCAGAUUGACGAGCAAUACUUUAACCUGAAGAUCCUGACCCGUGCUAUUGCAUGGCCAUCCCCGGGUUUACGCAGGGCUUCCGUCAACUCCUUCGGGUUCGGUGGUGCAAAUAGCCAUGUCGUCCUUGAUGAUGCUUACAACACUUUCCGCAUGUGUGGCAUCGAAGAUGGCCGUCAUCAGACUGUGAUAGACCCUCCAUUGCUUCACGGCCUUGAGACAUCAUUGCAUGCUUAUUGUCAUCUGAAUGAAAAACCUGAUUGUCGUCACCCACAAACAAGCGGCACUGUGGAAUAUGCAUCCGAGCCUACACUGCUCGUGUGGUCUGCUGCAGAUGAACCGGGCAUCAGAAGACUCGCAGACUCAUGGCGGAAGUACUUUUCUGCUGAAAAAGUGAUGGAAGGACCCACGGGAACUUACCUACAUGACUUGGCCUUCACAUUCUGCGCAAGACGGAGCCAGUUGGCAUGGAGGUCUUUUGUUGUAGCGAAGCCAUCGGAAGAUCUACGGAGUAUCACAGAGAAACUAAGUCCUCCUGUGCAUGCCACCGCCAAUCCCCGCAUAGGCUUUGUUUUUACUGGUCAAGGAGCUCAGUGGUAUGCCAUGGGUCGUGAGCUUAUCGAUCGAUACGACGUCUUCAGAGAUACUCUCAUUGAUUUAAGCAAAUACCUGAAGAGCCUUGGCUGUGAAUGGGACAUUCUAGAUGAGUUGAAGAAGUCUGCUUCAGAUACCCGAGUCAAUGAUCCAGCUUUCGGACAACCACUAUGCACAGCACUCCAGAUUGCAUUGCUCGAACUCUUCGCAAGCUGGCAUCUCUCGCCCGCUGCUGUGGUUGGCCACUCGUCUGGUGAGAUCGCGGCCGCUUACUGUGCCGGUGCGAUCACGAAACAUGCUGCUUUGAAGAUAGCGUAUUACAGAGGUUACCUCGCGGGUCAUCUUGGGAAAUCCAGCCCCAUGAGAGGUGCUAUGCUCGCCGUGGGGUUGUCUAAAGGUGACGUGCAGAAGUACCUCAAAUCCAUUGCUCUUCACUUUGGUGAGCUCAAGCUGGACUUCGCGUGCAUCAACAGCCCAACAAGCGUGACUAUCUCUGGACAGCUCGAACAGAUUGACUUCCUUCACCAGCUCCUCACCGAUGACAAAGUCUUCUCGAGAAAACUCGCAGUCAACGUUGCAUAUCACUCGUUCCAAAUGAAGGAGAUCGCUGACAGGUACCAAGAACUAUUGGGUGAGCUUGAACAGCCAGUCACAAUGAAGAAAUCCCCGGUGAUGGUGUCCAGUGUCACAGGGACAUGGACUUCGGACGAAGAGCUAUCAAAGCCCGAGUAUUGGGUGAGAAACAUGGUGUCGCCCGUGCUAUUCGACGAGGCUUUAGCAUUGCUGUGCCCGCAAUCACGAACGACAACUCGGAAGUUCGACGGCAGUCAUCGUCACAAAGUGGCCUUGGAUCAUCUCCUAGAACUUGGACCCCACUCCGCUCUUAAAGGUCCCUGUGAAGACAUUCUGAAGGCAGCGGGUAAACAGGACCAAGUCUCUUACAUUCCACUCCUACGCCGUGGUAUUUCCGCUGUCGAGUGCAUGAUGCAAAGCGUCGGUUGCCUGCACUGCAGCGGCUACCCAAUUGACCUGACCUCGGUCAUCAGUGCAUGUGAACUGGGAAGAGAAAGUCAGCCUCGUGUGCUGAUUGACUUACCGGAGUAUCCCUUCAACCACUCCAAGUCAUAUUGGUUUGAGAGCCGCCUCAGUAAAGGCUACAGGUUCCGCCAAUUCGGCCACACGGAAUUGCUAGGUACGCCUGAGCCCGACGGAAAUCCCAUGGAAGCCAGAUGGAGAAACAUCAUCAGGCUGUCGGAGAUGCCGUGGGUCGAAGAUCAUCAGAUCAACAAUAGCAUUCUGUACCCGGGGGCCGGAAUGGUGGUCAUGGCCAUCGAAGCGAUCAAGCAACUGGCAGACCGGAAUCGAAGCAUCGCCGGGUUUGACAUCAGGGAUGCCGUCUUCUCCUCGGCUCUGCAGAUUCCAACCAAUGCUGAAGGUAUUGAGGUGGGCGUCUACUUGAAGCGGGUCGGUGGUGCCAAAAAGGAUGCUACGGGUUGGUUCGAGUACCGCAUCUGCACGUACGAAAACGAAUCGUGGGUUGAGAACAGCUCAGGGUCGGUCCAGGCUUAUUACAAGGCCGACGAGUCAGUACUCAACGUUGGUCAUCGCGACGAAGACGAAUGGCAAGCUUGUCUCGUGGGUAAAUACCAGCUUGCACUCGAGCGCUGUACUACACACGUGGACUCAGUCAAACUCUACCAGAAGCUGCGCAGCUGUGGCUAUCACUGUGGUCCGGCAUUUCAAGUCAUCGAGAGAAUUGGUCACAAGCAAGACGAGUACAGGGAUUUGAUCGCGAAAAUCAGAACCUUCCAGCCGAGCAGCAUAGGAGGAUCAACGACCUAUCCAGAACAUACCAUUCACCCAGCCACCCUGGACGGCGUUGUGCAGAUGAUGGCAGCGUUGGAGACUGAGGCUGGACAGCGAACUGUUCCCGUAUACGUUCCGACACGGAUCCACCGGCUCUGGAUAUCCAAUGCCGGCGGACUGAGCCAUCCUUCGACAGACGCCAUCAAUGUCUACGCGACUUCUACCCGUUCCGCCAUUGGCGACACGCGGUACUGCAUGACAGCGUACGAUCGCGACGCCUCCAAGGCCCUCUUGACUUUGGAAGGACUGAGAGUUACUGCGAUCGCGAGUCCGGAAGCAUCCUCCCCCGUGGAUCAGUUCAAAGCCGACAACCUGUGUCAUCGUAUCGAGUACAAGCCUGACGCUGAUCUGCUCAGCAACUCUGACUUCGAGACUGCCUUUUCCAUAGAGAAACUUCAAGACCAGAGCCAACGUGAAGAACUAAUGGAGCUUGAUGCGUCUGACUUCGGCUCCAUCGAAUGGCGACACCACAUGGACGACGAGGCCUAUGUGUCCAAAACACACGAACGGGUUGAAAGCACCAGCAAGCGGGGUCUUCUCGUGAGCACGAUCUGCAAGAACUUGAUCGAAAUCCUCGAUGAUCCUCUCCCCCACCUGUUCAAAGACAACUUGCUGUCGGAUGUUUAUUCUGAAAUGUUGCAAACCCUGCCGGCAACAACAGCCCUAAAGAAGUACAUUAAUGCUCUCGCCCACAAGAACCCCCGCAUGAAUAUCCUCGAGGUCGGCGCCGGAACCGGAGCGAUGACGGAGCUCUGCAUUCAGGCGCUGUCGUCAUCGGACCCAGAGGGUUCGCCACGUUACGCCCAGUGGGACUAUACCGAUAUCUCGAGCUCGUUCUUUCCUGACGCUGUGAGUCGUUUUGAGACGGAGAAGCAGCGGAUGAACUUUCGGGUGCUGGAUAUCGAACAGGAUCCGGAGAUACAGGGUUUUGAGUGUGGAUCGUAUGAUCUGGUCGUUGCUUUCCUGGUUCUUCACGCAACAGUUGAUUUGAAAACCAGUCUGAGAAACGUCCGGAAGCUACUAAAAGUAGGUGGGAAGCUAUUGCUUUUUGAGAUCACACAUCCGGAUCCGGUUAGGGCUAGUUUUGUCUUCGGACUGUUCGAAGGCUGGUGGCGUGCGGGUGAACCCUAUCGUCAAGAUCAUCCGUGCGUUGAUGUCGACGACUGGGAAUGGUUGUUGAAAGAAACGGGGUUCUCAGGAUGCGUUCUUGCGAUAGACGAUUAUGUCGACAAGGCGUGUCAUGAGGGAACGCUCAUCGUGGCGAGUGCCGUGUCUCUGGUGAUGGAUAAUGAGUCCACUACUCUAGUUGAUCCUGCUACGGCUGGUGAAACCAAUCCUCCCAACUCUGACUCCCAGAAGGAGAUCAAUAUCGUUCACGAUACCGCCAACUACACCCAGGCCUAUCUUGCAGGUGUACUCGCACAAAUCUUGUUCUCUAUCGGGUUCCGGAAAGUCAUGCUACGCAGCAUCGAGGAUAUUAUCAAUCGAGACCUUUCCUCUGAUGUCUGGGACAUAUCACUACUCGACUUUAAUUGUCCUUUCACAUACAAUAUGACCGGACAAGAGUAUGAGGCCCUCCAGCAACUGAUGACAACGACCACGAAUCUUAUCUGGGUCGACGGCGGAGGAGGUCGUGAGCCCUCGCCUCAAUUCCGGCUUGUUGAUGGCCUGUUCCGGGUUCUCGCGCGGGAGCUGUGCCGGGCGAAGAUCACAACCCUGUCCUUGGAGCAGGAUGCCUUGUACCUGCAUCAAGCGGAACAGAUUGUCAAAGUCUUCAAGACCGUCAUAUCACCUACAGAUGACUCAGAUACAGAGUACAGAGAGAUCGACGGGGUGAUCCACACCGGUCGGUUGGUGUCUGCUCGAGCUAUCUCUCAAGCCGUGGCCCAGAUGAAGCUCCCCCAUCAGCAAAUGUCCAGGGCAUAUGGUGCGGGUCCACCGCUACGACUCGAGAUCGGCACCCCAGGUCUCCUGCAUACGCUUCGAUUCGUCGAGGACAAAUCUUUACAGAAUCCCCUGCAACCAGACGAGGUCGAAAUCAAGGUGAAAACUGUUGGUCUCAACUUCCGCGACGUGCUGAUUGCUCUUGGCCGCCUGGAGAGCGAUACCCUGGGGCCUGAAUUCGCGGGAAUCGUUGUUCGAGUUGGCUCGGAGUGUCAGCGGUUUAAGGCUGGCGAUCGAGUGGUGGUCUUCCACCCGAGUCGCUACGCGAACUUUGUCCGUGUACGUGAGGAUAUGGCCGUCAUCAAGAUCCCAGAUGACACUAUGUUUUUCGCGACCGCGGCUGCGAUUCCGGUGGCCUAUGCUACUGCGUGGAUCACGCUUAGACAGUUGGCAAGGCUGCAACCCGGGGAGUCAAUUCUUGUACACUCAGGAGCAGGAGGCACCGGGCAGGCAGUCAUCCAGGUUGCGCGGCAUCUGGGAGCCACAAUCUUCACAACUGUCUCGACCGAAGAAAAGAAGCAAUUACUGAUGGAGCGCUACCACAUCCCAGGAGACCACAUCUUUUCCAGCCGCAAUACGCUCUUCGCGAAAGGUGUCAAGCGCCUCACGGAUGGACGGGGUGUUGAUGUGAUUAUCAACUCAUUAUCUGGGGAUAGUCUCAUAGCAUCUUGGGAAUGCAUCGCGCCUUUUGGGCGGUUCAUCGAGAUUGGAAAGAAUGAUAUUCUGACGAACACGAAGCUUCCAAUGCUGCAGUUUGAGAAAAACGUCAGCUUCUCAGCCGUGGAUCUAGCUGAGAUGGCGUUUGACCGUCCGCGCGUGAUCAAAGAAGCUCUGGGGGAGAUCUUUCCUUUGAUCAAGAGCGGCAGAUUGGCACUUCCCGAACCAGUUCAGACAUUUGGUAUCGCAGAUCUUGAGCAUGCGUUCCGGCAUCUACAAGGCGGAAGGAAUUUUGGAAAGGUGGUAUUGGAGCUUAAGGAUGACGACCAAGUCAUGACGGUUCUGGAUACCAAGUCAUCGUUCGAAUUCGAGGGCAACGCGACAUAUGUGAUUGCCGGCGGUUUGGGAGGCCUUGGUCGAAACAUCGCCAGCUGGUUCGUGGAGCGUGGGGCUCGCAAUCUGAUUCUACUCUCACGCUCCGGUCCCAAGGGUGAGCAUGCACGAGAGCUGGUCGCGAAGCUACAGCAGAAGGGUGCUAGGGUCGUGACUCCAGCCUGCGAUAUCACGGAUCCAGCGUCGCUGAAAACCCUUCUCGAUGUCUGCAGUCAAGUCAUGCCCCCGAUCAAAGGUUGCGUGCAAGCGUCCAUGGUUGUCAGAAGCGGUAAUUUCGAAACCCUCGAUUACGAUUCGUGGAAGGCAUGCACAGCGCCCAAAGCCCAGGGAUCCUGGAACCUGCACGAGCUUUUACCGCGCGGCAUGGACUUCUUCGUCAUGCUCUCCUCCAUCAGCGGGAUCUGCGGCCCCAUCACAGACGCCAGCUACGCAGCCGGAAACACCUAUCUGGACGGAUUGGCACGGUACCGCGUCAGCCAGGGCGAGAAAGCCGUAUCUCUGGAUUUGGGGCUGUUCCUUUCGGCCGGCUACUUCCACGAAAACCCGGACAAGCGGGACCUGUUCCUCGCCAACACCGUCUGGGACGAGAUCUCGGAGGCCGACCUACAUGCACUACUAGACAUCUACUGCAACCCGAACGGCGAGCAUAUCUCGACCCCAUUGGAAAGUCAAGUGGUGGUGGGCAUCACGCCACGCACCGCCGAGAUGGGUCGCGCCAAAGCCGACUGGAUGAAGCGGCCGUUCUUCCGACACCUUGCGUCGUUGCUUGAGACGCCUGCGCAGCCUCUGGCAGCAGCGAUUGGGGGCUCGAGCCUGGCGGCACGGUUUGCGGGGGCGCGGACCACGGCCGAAGCGGUCGAGGUGGCUCUGCAGGCGACGCGCGAGAAAGUAUCCAUCAUGCUCUCGGUGCCGGUGGACGAGAUCGACGUGGACCGGGCGAUCCAUCAGUACGGGGUGGACUCGCUGGCCGCGGUGGAGCUGCGGAAUUGGUUCUCCAGGGAGAUGCAGGCGGAGAUUGCCGUGUUUGAUAUCUUGGGCGGUGCGAGUAUUGCUUCGGUGGUGACGUUGGCAGUGGGGACGAGUCGGUUCAAGCGGGAGGAUGAGUAGGAGGGCGGGAUUGUAAUUGUGGGAGGUAUUCUGUUGGUGUAGUACAGGGUGAUCGGAUGGAAGGGAUUCAGAAUG